AUGGACAAACACAGCCUGCAGAGGCUUCGCAAAAGCGGUCGUAGCGCCUCGCCCGUGGGACGGCUGCCGCUGCGUCCAUCAACGGCCGCCAACAGCGUCUCGGCCGCCUCCACAUCGACGCGGCUCACCGCUAGUUCGUCCUCGGAGCGUACCCGCAACCCGUCGACCGAGAGCGACGGGAGGCCGCGCACGCCGCCUUCGACGAGGCCUUCGAUGAACUCGGGCCAACAAGAUGACUAUGCCGAUGACCAUCCGAGCCCGACGUCCGAUGAGGUCAGCCGGGCGCUGUGGGCGGGAGCAUCCGACUCGGACGACGGUUCGGACGACGCAACGCCGGCCGUGAGUUUCCGCACGGCGACACCCAUCGGGUCAGGGAAAUCACGAACCAAGGAUACCCGUUCCAUCUUCCAAUCCAUCUUCAACAAGUUUGCAAAGACCGGAAGGCGGUUUGGCUUCGUGCCAAACAGCAAGGAAGAACAAGACAGAAAUGUCCUCCAACACCAAAUCAUUGCCGAGCUAUUCGACGGCAGACUCCACCUGGCCCCGGUCGUCAAGCCCAGAGCGGCCCUCGACGUUGGCACGGGGCCGGGGCUAUGGGCAUUAGAAUACGCCAAGAAGAACCCGAACUGUGCCGUCGUCGGCAUCGAUAUCGAAAAGGUGCGGCCGCCGUACUCGGCGCCCAACUGCCAGUUCAAGCUCAUGGACGCCACGGCCGAUUGGGCCCUCAACAAGCAGUUCGACUACAUCCACGUCCGCAUGCUCGGCGACAUCGUCGAUAAGGAAAAGUUCAUCCAGUCCAUCUACGACCAGCUGAACCCCGGCGGCUGGGUCGAGUUCACCGAGUGGAUCCCCGUGCUCCAGUCGCCGGACCGGUCCCUCGACGGCACCUCGUUCCAAAAGUGGAACAGGCUCCUCGGCCAGGGCCUCGAGAACAUGGGCCGCGACAUCCGCUACGUCCAGGAGUACCAGCCCCUGCUGGAGAAGGCCGGCUUCGAGCGCAUGAAGCUGACCAAGUACGCCGCGCCCACGAACCCGUGCUACCCGGGCAAGAAGUGCCAGCGGUUCGGCGCCAUGAUGGUCUCCAACUGGAACGCCAUCAUCGAGCCGCUCAGCGUGCCCGUCUUCACCAUCGGCCUCGGCUGGUCCGAAGCCCAGGUGCAGGUGCUGCUGAAGAAGGUCCGCAAGGAGAUUGAUGACACGAGAUACCACUCCUUCAUGACAUUGUAA